CCCCCCUCUCUCUCUCUCCUCUCUUUCUCUCUCUAUCUGCAUUGCCUUUUCGCCGCUGUUGCAGUGAGAGUUCUCUUUCUCCUCUCACUUUCCUCCCUCUGCCACUGCUAAAGAAUUUAAAAGGUUUGUUUCAGAGAGAGAAAGUUAGAGAGAGAAAGAGAGUUUUCUUCUUCUUCUUCUUUCAAAUCUCCAUAAUUCUCUUAUCAUUACAACUCUCUCUCUCUCUCUCUCUGUUCGGAGUCUCUCCGAUCCGACGGCCACGAUCUUCUCGUCAUCUAAUCGUACGCCCAGGGUUCGCUUGUCAGCCUCGUCUCAAUGAGCAAUAUGCAUCUUGUGAACAGAGGGCCUAUGGAGCCUAAUGGGCAUAGGAGAGCAAGGAGAAAGGAUUACAUUUCUCAGGAAAAUGGGGAAGCGAGCUCAUCAGAUGUUGACAUUGAACUGGAUCCAUGGACUGCCUGGGCAUAUAGACCUCGUACUGUUUCAAUGUUACUUAUUGGUGCAUGUUUUCUUAUAUGGGCAAGUGGAGUUCUUGAUCCGGAAAACUGUUCAUCUCAUGAUAUUGUCACAUCUGUGAAAAGGGGUGUAUGGGCAAUGAUUGCUGUUUUUCUUGCUUACUGUUUGCUGCAAGCCCCUUCAACAGUACUAAUUAGGCCACAUCCUGCAAUUUGGCGCCUAGUUCAUGGGAUGGCUGUUGUUUACCUGGUUGCUCUCACAUUUCUGCUUUUUCAGAAACGUGAUGAUGCUCGGCAAUUCAUGAAAUUUCUCCAUCCUGAUCUUGGUGUUGAACUUCCUGAGAGAUCCUAUGGUGCUGAUUGUCGAAUUUACGUGCCUGAAAAUCCCACAAGCAGGUUUAAGAAUGUUUAUGAGACACUCUUUGAUGAGUUUGUUCUUGCUCAUAUUUUUGGAUGGUGGGGAAAGGCUAUACUGAUUCGUAAUCAGCCCCUUUUGUGGGUGCUAUCAAUUGGAUUUGAGUUCAUGGAGCUUACCUUUCGCCACAUGUUGCCAAACUUCAAUGAGUGCUGGUGGGACAGCAUCAUUCUUGAUAUAUUAAUCUGCAAUUGGUUUGGCAUCUGGGCAGGAAUGUAUACUGUUCGAUACUUUGAUGGAAGAACAUAUGAGUGGGUUGGCAUAAGCCGUCAGCCGAAUAUUAUUGGCAAAGUCAAACGAACACUAGGUCAAUUUACACCAGCACAGUGGGACAAAGAUGAGUGGCACCCCCUCCUUGAUCCAUGGCGUUUUAUUCAAGUUCUCAGUCUUUGCAUUGUGUUCUUGACUGUGGAGCUGAACACAUUCUUUCUCAAGUUUUGUCUUUGGAUCCCUCCUCGUAACCCCCUGAUUGUGUAUAGAUUGAUCUUGUGGUGGCUAAUUGCAAUACCAACAAUUCGCGAGUACAAUUCAUACUUACAGGACAGAAAACCAGUGAAAAAGGUGGGGGCAUUUUGUUGGCUCUCUAUUGCCAUCUGCAUUGUGGAACUCCUCAUUUGUAUCAAGUUUGGGUAUGGGUUAUUUCCCAAAUCAAUGCCCUUGUGGUUGGUAAUUUUUUGGACAUUUGUUGGGGUGGCCUUAGUGAUAUUCCUGAUUGUGUGGUCUUGGCAACUGCAUCGCAGUCUCCGUAGAAAGCGGCAAUGACUUUACAAUUGCGGUUCAUCAUUCUUUGUUUCCUCCUGUUUUCAACAGGUGACCUACAAUGUUGUAAAUACCUUUCAGCUUCAUUAAUUGUAAAUACUUGUUCUGUUAGGCAAGUAAAUCACAGUUUGUCUUGUAGAGAAUAUUAAUUCUUUCUUUUUAGGUAGUGUGAAAGGUUUUCUAAUGCUAGUUGCUUUAGUUAUCAAUUGGCAAAAGUUACUACAAAUUUUGGUUGAGCUUUAAUGUUUUAGUUUCUCAUUGUAUUCUUUGUUUCUUAGUGAGAUAAAAGAUUCAUUUAGUUUUUAGUAAAGAA